AUGGUAACUUGUCAUAUAUAUUUGAAUAGCAACCUAUAAAUGACAUUAAUGGGAUUAUCAGCUGUGGAAGGGGCCAAUGGUUAUGUGAUAUUUAAUUAAGACUGUAUUCCAUUAAAAAGAUCAGAAAAAAAUAUUACAUACGAAAAAGCUGUUCACAUGUCUGCUUUAGUGGCUGAUUUAUGGAAUGUCACUAAGAAAUGCAUCCAAAGAGAAUUAAGAAUUAGAAUGAUCUUGAAAUAAUUAGAAUAAGGACUAAGGCCCAAUCUGAAUACAUUAUUUCUUAAUGUAAUUUUAAUACUUAUUAAAUAAUAAGAGGGUGAUUAUACAAUGAUCGGGAUAUAAUUAUGUGGAAAAGCAAUUGAAGAAGCUAAACAAGCAGCAGCUGCCGAGGCUCAAGCAGUUGCUGAAGCAGAGAAGGCAAAAAAAGGAGAUAAGGAAUAAAGUUGA